AGUUGCUACUGAAGACAGAAGGUUGCCUGGUGUAGGAGAACUGUUCAUGCUGAGGAACAUUUGUUAACUCUGAACACCAGCUGACAUGGGGUGUGGACUCACAUGUGUCAAGUACCUCCUCUUCAUCUUCAACUUCAUAUUCUGGGUGGCUGGAGGCGGAGUUCUCGCUAUCGGGAUAUGGAUGCGGAUCGACAGAGCGACCUUUGACCCCCUGCUGGGUAUAGACUACUACCCCAUCGUGUGCUGGACGUUGAUCGGUGUCGGCGGGUUCGUCUUCCUCGUCGGGUUUCUCGGCUGCUGCGGCGCCGUCCAGGAGUCCAAAUGCAUGCUGGGAUUUUAUUUCUUCCUGUUGAUAGUGGUGUUUGUUGGAGAAGUGGGAGCUGGGAUUCUGGCAUAUUACUACCACGACGAGGUGAGAACGUGGAUGGACAGUCAUAUGAACAGGACCAUCAAGAACAACUAUGGGUUUGUCCCAGCUGUCACAGCCGCUGUCAACAGCAUGCAGGAACAGAUGAAGUGUUGUGGAGACAGAAGCUACGUGGACUGGAUGAGUACAAAAUACUUCAAGGAGGGGAAGGCUCCGGCCAACACGUCUGUCCCAGUGUCCUGCUGCAGGGACAAGACUGAAGCUGGCUGCAACCGGGGACAACCUGGGCAACCUGCAGACAUCAGUAAAAUCUUCACACAAGGCUGCAUUCCCAGUAUGGAAUUGUGGGUACAGGAACAGGUGUGGAUCCUGGGAGGAGUAGGAGUUGGUGUGGGGUUACUACAGCUGUUUGGAAUGGUCUUCGCCUGCUGCCUGAUGAAGGCUGUGGAAGAUGAGUAUGAAUGAUGGGAAGGCAGCAAGGAAUCCUGGGAAGGGCACAAGGCAUCCUGGGAAAGAUGUGUAGGGAAUCCCUGGAAGAAUCACAAAGGAACUCUGUUCCAGAUGCCAGAUAUAUAUUUAUAUAGCUUUAAUUUUUUCAUGUACUACAAUAGUACAAAUAUCUAUGAACUCAUCGCUGUGGAGGUCCACAAAAUUUAUGAUUUUGAAUAAAAAAUGAUAAUUCAAUGUACAAUGUACCUUUACUUCAAUCUACCAUAUUCUUUUUGUCUCAUUGUCAAUGUGAAAAAGCCAUUUACUAAAACAUUUAGUCGCUGAAAGAUGCAACCUUUGUUAUUUACUACACAUUAGAUUUUGUGUAUUGAUUAAUAUGCCAGUAUAGAUGAUCGCCAAUGUUUUUCUUGCCAACAUUUUUGCACUUGCUUCCUCCUAUGUUGCAAAAUAAUAGGUGCAAAUUGUUCCUUUUGUUCAUACAAUGUAUAAGGUGUCCUUUGAACUUGAUAGGCCAUAGGAUAUACAAUCAAAGGUUGGCUUUUUUAAAAACGAAAAUG